AUGGCGGCAAGGAAGAGCAGCACGCGGGGACAGCUCGAGGCCUAUAUCGAGCGCGCAUGCGAUCCCUACAGGCCUCAGCCCGACAUGGCCCUCAAUCUCGAAGUAGCCGACUUGAUCAACUCGAAGAAGGCCAACACUCCCCGCGAAGCAGCGAUGGAAGUGGUGAAAUAUGUCAAUGAUCGCAGGCAACACGUCGCCAUGCUCGCGCUUCAUCUACUCGAUACGCUGGUCAAGAACUGCGGCUAUCCGUUCCACCUGCAAGUCGCGACAAAAGACUUCCUCAACGAACUCGUCAGGCGGUUUCCGGAACGGCCGCCUAUGUACCCUCCGCCGCCGAUGAGCAAGAUCCUCAGCCUCGUCAACGAAUGGAAGAAUACCAUCUGUGUUCACUCGCGAGGGAAAGAAGAUCUUGUCCAUGUACGGGAUAUGUGGCGCUUGCUCAGCUACAAGGGCUACAGGUUCCCUGACUUUGACAAACGUGCGGCGCAAGUGCUCAACCCCAUACAUAGUCUCAAGUCGCCCGAAGAACUAGAAGAGGAGGACAGAGCCGCACAAGCAGCAAAACUGCAAGAGUUGAUCAGACGAGGAAGCCCGAAAGAUCUAGCGGCGGCCCAGGAGCUCAUGAAGAUUAUGUCUGGCGCGGAGCCGGACAAGCGGCCAGACUAUGCAGAACAAUCGCAGAAAGAGCUCAACGCGAUACAGUCGCGCGUGUUGACGCUUAACGAGAUGCUCAAUAAUGCUCAGCCCGGCGAACGAUUCGUCGAGGGCGAUGCCUACGAUCAAAUCGCAACGCGGUGUCGGAACGUGCAGCCCAAGAUACAGAAAUGGAUCACGGAAGCGGCCGAGAGCAAUCCGGAUCAGAUGGACAAAUUGCUGAUGAUGAAUGACCUGCUGAACAACGUCUUGACGAGGUACGAGGCAUUCAAGAAAGGCGACAGGACAGCUACAGCCGAGAUCGAUCCUGCUUUUGCAUCUGCAGCUGCGCAGACGCAAGCACGGAAGAGUCUAUCCAAUGGUCGACCGGCUGCCAAUGGCAAAGCCAAAGCUGCUCCGCUCAACCUCAUCGAUUUUGACGACUUUGUCUCCGCCGAACCGGAAGAUGCCGCGAGUGGCCUCGCGGGCCUCAGCCUGACGGGCGAUCCAGCGCCUGCUCCGACGGAUGCUUCUGGCUUGCCGCUGGACCUUUUCAGCUCGAACGGCACAGCAUCGAGUGCUACGCCCUACGCACGAGCUCAGCAGCAACAACAGCAGCAAAAGAGCAACGCCGAUAUCAUGUCUUUCUUCGCUUCGAGCCAGCCGAACGCAUCGGCUGCGUGGGGCAGCACAGUCUCUGCGCCAGUGUCUGUCAAUACGGGCACAGACACGCCUACCGGUGGGCAGUAUGCUUUUGGCUCGAUCCAGCUCGGCGCACCGAGUACAUCUAGACAGGCUUCAGGUAGCACGCCAAACUACACAUCACCUGUGCCUGCUGCAGCUCAGCCGCAGCCAAAGCACGAUCCUUUUGGCGAUCUGCUGUCUUGAUGGCAAAGGGUCUAACGAGCGUAUACAUUUGUUGUAACAAUGCUGCACAACGGCGUCUGUCGAG